AUGAAGAUGAUGAUGAUGAUGGGACCUGUCCACCAGAGCACAGCAGCUCUGCAGCAGAGACUUAGAUCCCCACCACCGGCAUAUGUACCAACUGUGUUGGAGGAGGAGGAGGAAUGGCCUGAUCCUCCGCCUUGGCCUGACACUGAAGAAGCAGCUGAGCCUUCUCCACUAACUUGGCCAGUUCGGACCAUGCUAAAGAAGCUGAUGAGUGAUCUACAAGUCAUAAAGAAUCAGAACACAGUUCAUCAGAGCAAGCCUCCACUCACAUCACUUAACACAGCUCACUUCAGUAACAGAAAUCAAAGGGUGCGAUCACAACUGGAGAGGGCGGGGUAUAGUGAAGCUUUGUGUCAGUCCCCAUCUCACCCACCUCACACUGGAGACCCGAGCCUGCAAUGUCAAAUGAUACCCAAUAGUAUGCCUGUGCUGGAAAGAAAGGGGGACAUCAUCUUGGGGGGCCUCUUCUCCCUUCAUGACAUGGUGGAGGAGCAAAGUUUGCCUUUUACUUCCCAGCCUCCUAAAAGUAAAUGCACCAGAUUUAAUUUCCGAACUUUUCGCUGGAUGCAAACUAUGAUGUUUGCAAUUGAAGAGAUCAACAAGGAUGGGAAUCUUCUUCCAAACAUCACAAUCGGAUACAAGAUCUAUGAUUCAUGCAGCACGCCGCAUAAGGCAUUGAAGGCUGCCAUGGAGUUAAUGGGAAGUGAGAAGGCUUCAGAGGUUGAACAAAACAGUAAUAGCACUUGUAAUGAAAGUAUACCGGUUGUGAUAGGAGAUGGAGGCUCUUCUCAGUCUCUUCUUGUAGCUCGUUUUCUGGGAGUCUUCAUCGUGCCACAAAUCAGCUAUUUCUCCAGCUGUGCUUGUCUGAGUGACAAAAAGGAGUUCCCUGCCUUUUUAAGGACCAUGCCAAGUGACUUUUUCCAGGUAGAUGCUUUGGUUCAACUUGUUAAGCAUUUUGGCUGGACGUGGGUUGGUGUGAUUGCAGGCGAUGAUGCCUAUGGUCGUGAUGGGGCAAACAUCUUUGUUAAUGAGGUCACAAAGUUAGGUGUUUGUGUUGCCUUUUAUGAGAUUAUCCCUAAGAACAGACAGCAGACAGAAAUUUUAUCAAUCAUCUCCAGGAUCCGCUUUUCUGGGGCAAAGGUGAUACUUGUAUUUGCCGUAGAACAAGAUGCAGCAGCAUUCUUUGAUGAAGUACAAAGAAGUGAGCUUACUGGGAUACAGUGGCUAGCUAGUGAAGCUUGGAGCACAGCAGCUGUACUUUCCACCCCCAAAAAGUACCACUACAUCCUCCAGGGUACAGUUGGCUUUGCCAUUCAGCAAGCAAACAUUCCUGGAUUGCGAGACUUUCUACUUCGCUUAAAUCCAUCAAGAUCGAAUGUCCAUAAGGAUCCCUUCCUUCUGUCCUUCUGGGAAGAGGUGUUUCAGUGCAGUCUGGGUGUACAAACUGAAAGUCAGCAACUUGAAGCCCAGAACAAGCCUCUGUGCUCUGGAAAAGAAGACCUCAGGAAUGUGACUAAUAUCUAUUCAGAUGUGUCACAGCUAAGAAUUUCCUACAACGUCUAUAAAGCAGUGUAUGCAGUUGCCUAUGCUCUAAAGGCUAUGAAAAACUGUGUGAAAGGAGAAGGACCUUUUCAUCAGAGGUCCUGUGCAGAUCUAGACAUCAUUCAGCCUUGGCAGUUACUUCAUUACCUAAAGCAAGUGCGGUACUUGAAUUCAUUUGCAGAUGAAAUUAAAUUUGAUGAGAAUGGUGACCCAGCAGCCUUGUAUGAUCUGGUUAACUGGCAGAUAAAUCCUAACGGGGAAAUUGAAUUCAUCAACAUUGGCAAAUUUGAUGGUAUGACUGCAGCUUUUAAUCGAAAGCUUCAUAUGCAUGAAGAAAUCAUUUUGUGGAAUGGCAACAAAACCAGGGUUCCCUUGUCAGUAUGCAGCACUGUUUGUUCUCCAGGCACACGGAAGGCAAUGAGACCUAACUUUCCUAUCUGCUGCUAUGACUGUGUGCCUUGUACACCAGGGGAGAUCAGCAAUCUCUCUGAUGCCAUAGAGUGUACGCAGUGCCCACCAGAGUUCUGGUCCAAUACUGAAAGGACAACCUGCAUCCCCAAACGGGUGGAGUUCCUCUCUUUUAGAGACACCAUGGGCAUCGCCCUAGUUGUUAUUUCUUUAAUUGGCUCAGUCUGCACCUGCAUUGUGGUCCUUAUAUUUUUCUGCCACAGAACCACACCCAUUGUCAGAGCUAACAACUCUGAGCUGAGUUUCCUGCUGCUCUUCUCCUUGACACUAUGCUUCCUGUGUUCUCUAACAUUUGUUGGCCAGCCAUCCAAGUGGUCCUGCAUGCUACGCCACACUGCAUUCGGGAUCAGCUUUGUCCUCUGUAUCUCCUGCAUCCUGGGAAAAACAAUAGUGGUGCUAAUAGCCUUUAAGGCAACACUUCCAGGCAGUAAUAUUAUUAAAUGGUUGGGGCCUGCACAGCAAAAGACAAUCAUCACUAUUUGUACUGUAGCCCAGGUCAUCAUUUGUACAGUGUGGCUGCUUGUUGCACCCCCUACUCCACACCAACUGAUGCCACGUGAGAAGGCCUUUGUCAUUCUAUUAUGUGAUGAAGGCUCACACAUUGCAUUUGCUUUGGUCCUGAGCUACAUUGGACUCUUGGCAUUCCUCUGUCUUCUCUUGGCCUUCCUGGCCAGGAAACUUCCUGACAGCUUCAACGAGGCCAGACUCAUCGCCUUCAGUAUGCUGAUUUUUUGUGCUGUGUGGAUAGCAUUUAUUCCCGCCUACAUCAGCUCUCCAGGAAAGUACGCAACAGUCACAGAAGUGUUUGCAAUCCUGGCCUCCAGUUAUGGACUGUUGGGUUGCAUAUUUGCCCCAAAGUGUUACAUGAUCCUACUCAGGCCAGAAAAGAACACAAGGAAACACUUGAUGUUAAAAGCUCCCUCUGGCAAAUUUUAG